AUGUCGAACAACAACUGGCAAGAGGAGGCCAUGCGCCGUCUCCGACAGAUGCAGCAAGCUCGUGGUGGUGGUGGAGGAGGCCCUCAGAUGCCCCGAGCAGCCGGUGGUGCCCUUGCUGGUGGUCUUUUGCUCGCCGGUGGUGCUCUGUUUCUGUCGAACUCGCUUUUCAACGUCGAUGGUGGCCAACGAGCCAUCAAGUACCAGAGAUUGACUGGUGUCAGCAAGGAGAUCUAUAACGAAGGAACACACAUCAACAUUCCUUGGUUUGAGACUCCUAUUGUGUACGAUGUCCGAGCAAAGCCACGCAACGUUGCGUCCUUGACCGGCACCAAGGACUUGCAGAUGGUCAAUAUCACCUGCCGUGUGCUUUCACGUCCCCAGAUCGAUGCUCUGCCCCAGAUCUACCGAACACUAGGUACCGACUACGAUGAGCGUGUGCUGCCCUCUAUUGUCAACGAGGUUCUCAAGAGUGUUGUUGCUCAAUUCAAUGCCAGUCAGCUCAUUACACAGCGAGAGAACGUCGCCAGACUGGUGCGAGAGAACCUUGCUCGACGAGCUGCCCGCUUCAACAUUCUUCUUGAUGAUGUCUCUCUAACUCACCUCGCCUUCUCCCCCGAAUUCACUGCCGCUGUUGAGGCUAAGCAGGUUGCCCAACAAGAGGCCCAGCGAGCCGCCUUUGUUGUCGACAAGGCACGACAGGAGAAGCAGGCCAUGGUUGUCAAGGCACAGGGUGAGGCCCGCUCUGCUGAACUGAUUGGUGAGGCCAUCAAGAAGAACAAGGCCUACCUGGAGCUCAAGAAGAUUGAGAACGCUCGACAGAUCGCUGCUCAGCUUCAGGAGGCUGGCUCCAAGAACAGGCUGAUGCUUGAUUCCGAGGGUCUGGGUCUCAAUGUUUUCGACAGAAACGAUAAGAGCUAA